AUAAGCCGUCAUUCGAAAUCAAGUUUUGAAACAAUUUUUCAUACUAAUAUGACCAAACAUGGAACUAUUAUCCAAGAGGUCGGGAAGUAUCCUACAGUAAUUUCAGGUAUUGUUAUUUUGUAUAAUAUCUCGAUUGCGUCAGCUCCAAAUGGUGAAGAAACGAAUACUCCCGAAGGCUUGAAUACUGAACUAAUGCCUCAUCAAAAACAAGGUUUAACGUGGUUACUUUGGCGUGAAAAGCAAUCAUUUUCUGGUGGAAUUCUUGCCGACGAUAUGGGAUUAGGAAAAACUUUAAGCAUGGUAUCAUUGAUAGUUCAUCAAAAAAAUGAAGGUACAAAAAUAAGAAAAAAUUUUGAAAUUGUCGAAAACAGUGGUGAAAAGCAGAACCGUAUGCUUUUUUAUCACGCAACAUUGGUUAUUACUCCUGCAUCGUUAUUGUUUCAGUGGGAAGCAGAGAUUAAAAAACAUGUUAAGCCUGGUUUUUUAUCAGUCCUCAUUUUCCAUGGGUCAAAGCAAAAGAGGGAAUGUGACCCUAAAAGAUAUUGUUUUUCGAUUGCUCAAUUUGAUGUUGUACUUACAACUUAUGGUUUAAUAAUAUCAGAAAUUGGAGAGAAAAAGAAGCGUAAAGAUCACGAUGAUAAUUCAUCAUAUUCUUCACUUAAUUCACAUAUUUUUUUUUAUUUCCAAAGAUUGCAGUCGUCUUUAAUGAAAAUUGCUUGGGAACGAAUUAUACUCGAUGAAGCGCAUCAAAUCCGAAAUAAAAUGUCAUCAAUUUCCAAAGCGUGCUGUAAAUUAAUGGGUCACUCGCGUUGGUGUAUCACUGGCACCCCACUACAAAAUAAAUUAUGGGACUUGUUUCCUCUAAUAAGAUUUCUACGAAUUAGUCCUUUCGAUGAAGAAGUGAUUUGGAAAGAAUGGAUAAUGACUUCACGUAAGAGAAUCACUGUUGCGAUAUUUUGGACAAUUUCAAUAGUUGUAAAUAACGAUGAUGCAGUACGUUUCUUCGAAUUCUUCAUUACAGGUGGAGUACGGAAAAUCGUAGAUGGCAAAUUCCAAGCAAUGGGUUGUAUGUUCGUUUUACUGUUAAGGUUAAGGCAGGCCUGCGUUCAUUUUGCUCUAAUUAAAGAGGUAAUUGUUAUUGUGAGUCAAUGGACAUCUUUAUUGAAAGUUGUUGAAUAUCAUUUGAAAUUACGCUCUAUCGAUUUCACUUCAAUAACUGGAAAAGUUUUGCCCGAAGAAAGAAAUGCUCGAGUUAAGAGUUUUAAUGAGAUAAAAAGUGGUCCUUCCGUGAUGCUUUUGUCAUUAACUGCAGGAGCUGUUGGCCUUAAUCUUGUUGGUGGCAAUCAUCUUUUUCUCACUGAUUUACACUGGAAUCCAGCUUUGGAGCAGCAAGCUUGCGACAGAAUCUACCGUAUGGGUCAAAUUAAAAAUGUAUUUAUUCACAAGUAA